AUGCUCCCGCCAACUCCCCUUCCCUUCCCUCACCUCGUCGCCCUCCUCCUCUCGGCCCUCGCGGCGACAGCUUCGACCGCCGCCCCAUCGCCCAGCCCCACUCACCCGUCCACCGCCACUCUUCGCUCUGCCGUGCCCAGCCUCGAGCAACCCGCACCCGAGGCGACCGCCGCACGACCCGCACCACCAGGCGGCAUCCACCUCCCCUUGCACCGCCGCAACGGCCACCUCCACCACCUGUCGCGCCGCAGCCGCGCCGACCAGGAGGACAUCGUGCGCAGCUGGGCCGUCCGAGAGCGCGGCCGCCUCCUCGGCAAGUACGGCCAGAGCGAGGCGCGCCUCCGCAGGCGAGACGGCGCGGUCGCGGCGUCGCAAAGUCCGGUCGGCGUCGAGGCACGGCGACGAGGUGUCGAGGGCGGCGAGGCGGCGGCACUUGAGCGGCGGCAGUUCGGCGUCGGCGGGGCCCUCAGCAGCCGCACGACGGCGAGCACGACGACGUCGGCCACGGCGUUCCGCACGGCCGGGUUCGGCACGGCGACGAGUGGGACCGACAGCGGGAGCGGGUCAUCGACGUCGUCUGGCACCAAGACGGCGCCGACGAGGAUCCCGACCCAGUCCUCGUCGGUCGGCGAGGUGCAUCUCGUCAACUACGAUGCCGACCUGUCCUACUACGCGCCCAUAGGCAUCGGCGUGCCGGCGCAGUACCUCAACUGCAUCCUCGACACUGGCUCGGCCGACCUGUGGGUCGCCUCGGACUACUGCUCGUCCGACGACGGCUGCUCGUCGACGAUCCCGCUCUACAACUCGACCCUGUCGACGACGGCGCUCGACAUGAACACGUCCUUCUCGGUCAAGUACGGCUCGGGCUCGGCCCAGGGCGAGAUCUUCCAGGACUACGUGUCGUUCGCCGGGUACAACGUCAGCAGCCAGGCGUUUGCGCUCGUCGAGAGCGUCAGCGAGACGAUCCUCGGCGGCGAGAUCAGCGGGCUCAUGGGCCUCGGGUGGCAGCCUCUCGCCGCGUCGUCCGUCACGCCCUUCUGGCAGAACCUGUACCAGGCCAACGCCCUGCCCUUCCCCGGCUUCGGCGUCUCGCUCACGCGGUACAUCGACGUCGCCAACGCGUCGGCGGUCGAGCCGGGCGGGUCCCUCACGUUCGGCUACCUCAACGCGUCGCUGUACUCGAGCGAGAUCAACUACCUCGACAUCCCGGCCGGCAUGGAGAGCUACUGGGUCGUGCGCAUGGACGCGGUCGCCGUCAACGGCACCAACGCGACGAGCUGGGCCCAGGGCGACGGCCAGAUGGUCGCGAUCGACACGGGCACGACCCUCAUCGGCGGGCCGCGAGACGUCGUCGCGAGCGUGUACGCCCAGGUCGAGGGCGCAAAGGCGGCGACGGGCAACUACAACGGCUACUACUCGUACCCGUGCGACAACAACGUGUCCAUCGCGCUCACCUUUGGCAACAUCACGUACAACAUGUCGGCCGUCGACUUUAACCUCGGCCCGUUCGGCAUCGACGCCGAGACGAACCGCUCGACGUGCCUCGGCGCCUUCUUCAACCUCAACUUUGGCAGCGGGAGCAAGAUCAGCUGGGUCGUCGGUGCUGCCUUCCUCAAGAACGUCUACUCGGUGUACCGCGCCUCGCCUCCCUCGGUCGGCUUUGCCCUGCCGCCCAACUCGACCUCGGCCCGCCUUCCGUCGUUCCCGAGCAACUCGUCCGACCCUGCGCACGACGGCAACCUCACGGUCGCACCAGCCGGCAUCUACGGCCCAUCUGGCGGUGUGAGCCUGCGGACGACGCUGGUGCCGGCCAACACGGUGACGACGGCGGUGCAGGCGGGAGGAAGCGUCGGCCAGGUGCCGAGCAGUGGAGCGGCCGCGAGGUUCGGGAGAGCGAGCUGGGCGGUGCUGGGCGUCGCGACGGCGGCGGGCCUGCACCUCGUUGGAGCGGCGGCGGUCGGGCCUGCUGGAUGGGCAUGA